GUGUAUUGCGUGCGUUCUGCGCCUGGUUCAACUUCCGUAGUCGUUCAUGUGACCGGUCAUGUGAUUUGUAGAACAUCCGGAUCUUGGUAUGUGUGAGAUUGUGGGGGCUCUGAUGUCUGGGGGUGAAUCUGGUCUGAUAAUGGCGCCCAAUACAAUGAGGCAGGGCUGGGCUGGGCUGGGCUGGGCUGGGCUUUGCUUUGCUGAUAGACUAAUUUAUUAGGUUUCAGUAUUUAGCUGCAGUUUGCUCAAUUACAUCUUAGGGGGACAUCAUUUUAUUGCAAGGAUGUUAGAAAAAAGUGGUUGUUUUUUUGUCUCCCUGAUCAUAUUAAUUGGGAUUUGAAAUUGAUGCAAUAAAACAUAGUUUGUAAAAUGUGAAAUGUACCCAACUGUACUGAGACCCAGGGGGUUGGUACAAGUAAUAUGUUAAUUGUGGCUUGCUUUGCUGAAUAUAAAUAACAGGAGUUUUAUAUUAUUUUGAGUCAGUUGGUUAUAUUUUGUAAUCGUAUAAUUACUUGUUAAGAAAAGGGGGCAGCAGAUAAUAGAAAAAAUAGUGUCGGUACGUUACGGACUGCAAGUGCUGCCAUAAAUUUAAAUGGGACCAGUCUGGGCGGUGUCUUUAAUGCUCUUGCUUAGUUACCAGACUCUAAGUCGAAGUCAUGGAAUUGUUUUAAUUACCGUAUAAAUAUCUCAUAACCAAAUUUGUACUUUUUAUUUUUAUAGAUAAGGCAUAUUUGUUUUGUUCCAAGUGCAGCCAUGAAGAAGAAGGUAAUGUUUCUUUUUUAUAUAAACAAAAAACUAUUAUCAGUUCUGUUUACCAAUGCAGUAAAAUAAUAAUAAAAAAUAAAAAAAGUAUAUGAAUAUCCAACACCUUAUAUUAGGUCACCAGUGGAAAAACGUAAGAAGAUCUAUUAAGUACCUGUGAACUAAAAUCUGUAGAGAUCCUCCUAAUCUUCAAUAUUCAUCUACAGAAAACUAAACAAAACCUGCAGCUAUAAAAAGCACACAGGGUGGUAUUGUAUCAACACCAGUAAAUUUGGUCUUAAGAUUGCACUCCCAAAAUUAGGUGAAUUUGAGCAUAUAUCUCAAGUUGCAGGUAAUUGGCAUCAUAUAUUUGUAGAUCUUCUUUUGUUUUCUGUUUAUAAAUCUGUUCAUUAUGUAUGAAAUUUAAAGGAACAUUCAACUGAAAAAAAACCAAUUACUAUGUAUACCUUCAAAGAAAGCAUGCAUUUAUUUUAUGGGGAUAUAGGAAACACCAUCUUGCAAAGCUGCAGAUAUGUUGUUUGCAGCCUUUGCAAGCACAUUGAGGAUCCUUCACACAUGAUUGCAGCUUUCCUAUGUUUCUCAAAGCGCUGUAGUAUGGCUCACUGGGAAAGGGGGUAUCCAGGUGUGUGCACAGUACAUCUGCUACUUAAAGGGACACUAUAGUCAACAGAACUACAGCUUAUUGAAUAUUUUCUGGUGAGUAGAAUCAUUACCUUCAGGCUUUUUGCUGCAAACACUUUCUUUUCAGAGAAAAAGCAGUGUUUACAUUACAGCCUAGUGAUAACUCACUGGUCACUUCUUAGAUGGCUGUUAGAGAUCCUUCCUGGGUCAUGGCUGCCUAAAAUGCAUCCAAACAUUCAGUGUCUCCUCACUCUGCAUGCAGACACUGAAUUUUCCUCAUUGAGAUUCAUUGAUUUAAUUAAUCUCUAUAAGGGGAGAUGCUGAUUGGCCAGGGCUGUGUUUGAAUCAUGCUUGCUCUGCUCCUGAUCUGCCUCCUUGUCAGUCUCAGCCAAUCCUAUGGGGAAGCAUUGUGAUUGGAUCAGGCCACCACUUCUCAUGAUGCCAGCAGACUGCUUGUUUAUCUGAGGCAAACAGCAUGUAGAGCUACAGCUUCAGGCUUGAAUACAAGUAAGAUUUUGCUAUAUUUAUGGAGGCAUGAGGGGCCCAGAGGAGGCUAGAUGGUGGUUUUAACGCUAUAGGGUCAGGAAUACGUAUUUGUCUUCCUGACCCUAUAGUGUUCCUUUAAAUUGGCUGUGUGAAGUUAAUAGAGGUGGGAGCAAGCCUCCUUGGCUGUCUAACAGUCAAGGCUGUGUUUAUGCCCCCAGUUAUAAAAGUGCAAAUUAAACAAAGUAAUUUUACUGCUAAAUGACAGAAAAUUAAGCAGGGAUACUGCAGAGACUUGAUCAACACACUCAAACUACUUAAUUAAGGAAAAGUUGUUUUGGUGACUAUAGUGUCCAUUUAAAAUAUUUCUUCAGUGUAUUAUAUAGUGCAGGUUUGUUAAUUUUCUUGUGACAAAGGGUUUUGGUUGGAUUUCCUUAUAAAAGUAAUUCCUGGUUUAGGUACUCCAUUAUAGGGUAUGCUGGUGGACGGUAUUCCUUCAAUUUUGUAUGUGGGAUUCACAUUUUAUUAGAUGUAGGAAUAAGACUGUUAGAUUGACAUUACUGUUGAUGACAUUGCUAGUAUCCUAAAAGAUAAAUUAAACCUGUCAUCAUCAAAUCACGGGGAUGAAACAUUAAUCUUCAGGUAGUCACUAAUUAAUGUAUACUGUGUGUUUUGGAAAAUUUCCAACAAGCAUACAGAUGAAAAAUAUGCUUAUGGUAAUUGUGGUUUUUUUUGGCCUCCAAAUGGCUAAUAGCAGUGGAUGUAGCAGAAUAAUAUGCUACCUUCCACCCCCAGAUCCUUUUUGUAGCAUCCCAAGAUAUUUAGUGCGAUCAGGUGUUAAGUAGAGCUGUCGCGAACUGUCCGCCGGCGAACAAUAGCGUGUUCGCGUUAGGCGAACAUAUCCAAUUUCCGGUCCGCCCCCUAUACGUCAUCAUUGAGUAAACUUUGACCCGGAACCUCACAGCCAGCAGACACAUUCCACCCAAUCAGCAGCAGACCCUCCCUCCCAGGAAGUGUCUGCUGACUGUGAGAUUCCGGGUCAAAGUUUACUCAAUGAUGACGUAUAGGGGGCGGACCGGAAAUCGGAUAUGUUCGCCCAGCGCGAACACGCUAUUGUUCGCCGGCGGACAGUUCGCGACAUCUCUAGUGUUAAGGUUUGUGUUAUUAUCCUGCAUUGGCUUUUGAGCAUGUUGUAUCUAUAUGCAGCAUCAUAUGAAGUUUAGAAUUACAAGCUUUAGCACUAUUUCAGCAGCAUUCUGGUGUACAUGUCCAAUCAACUCCCUAUAAAGAAAAAACAUACAUUGUUUAUCAUUACAAGUGAUAAUACCAAAUUGACACUCAAACAAAAGACACUUACACAUCAUAUUGUGUUUAAACAGGUGUUGUUAAUGGGAAAAAGUGGAUCUGGGAAGACCAGUAUGAGAUCCAUAAUCUUUGCAAACUACAUUGCCAGAGAUACGCGUCGGCUGGGAGCAACUAGUAAGAACAUUCUUUGGCUAUGUUAUGCAGGUUAGUUUCAAGAUUUUAUACCAGUUUGCAUUAUAAUGUUCUGUUCUCUAAUAUCUCUCUUACAGUUGAUGUUGAGCAUUCACAUGUGCGAUUUUUGGGGAAUCUGGUGCUGAACUUAUGGGAUUGUGGUGGGUAAGUCUCUUUUGUUUUGUUUAAUCACUUUCAGCACUUUCUAAUGUAUGUUCCAAAGGUGAUAUGUCACUAUACCUAAAUCACUGCAUAAUAGGUUUCAUGGAGAUUCUCUUCUGUUUAAUUGGAACUGUCAAUUAUAUCCACUGUAACCUUUUCACUUAAUUCCUUCCUUUGACAGUCAGGACACAUUCAUGGAGAACUACUUCACUAGUCAACGUGAUAACAUCUUUCGCAAUGUAGAGGUCUUGAUCUAUGUGUUUGAUGUGGAGAGCAGGGAGCUGGAAAAGGACAUGCACUACUAUCAGUCCUGCUUGGAAGCCAUCCUUCAAAACUCUCCUGAUGCCAAAGUGUUUUGUCUUGUGCACAAAAUGGAUCUUGUGCAGGAGGAUCAGCGGGAUCUGGUUAGUUUACACAGGGAUUAGGUGAUUGCAUGGAGUUUGGACACUGUCAUAGCGUUUGGUGGUGGGGGUGAAUAAGUCAAUGUUAUGUGCUGACUUUGCUUUAUUGUUAACAGAAAAGGCAGUGUUUGCAUUGUAGACACUGCAUGGACAUUAAACUAGUGGUUCUGCUGCUUAGUGUCCUCUUAAAUCGGCAUUUAAUCCAUUGGCAAAUAUUUUCAUCCCCAAAAAAUUUCUGACUUUUAUGUUGACUUUAAAAAAAAAAAAAAAAUUUAUUUGUCAAACUGCAUUGAAUGACUUGGCAAAAUCCAGGCAGAUCACUCCACUUCAAAACCCUGAUCUAUUGUUCUACUCACUUUCACAUAUAAUGCAUAUACGUUUUUGGAAGUGAACAGGAGUUGAGGACUUCAUUCCCGUGGGUACUUACAGUCAAGGCAAUAGCACAAAAAAAAUGAAGGGAUACAUUUAUAUGGAAUAACAAUGGGUCCAUUUUGGGCCUGGAGUUGGAGCUCCUUCAGCUCCUAUGUUAAUCCAGCCUGUUUAUAUUGUGUUCUACACAUACAUACACUUUUUAUGCUUUUUUUUUCUAGAUGUAAAUGAUUUUCUGAUAAGCUCACUAAAACUUAUAUUGUAAGGAUUAAAGCAAAAAAAAAAACUUCAUUGUGAUUACCGUUUCACAUCAUUAGAGCCAAUUAUUAAAUAAGAGAUGAGAAUGUGGUCUGCAAAUAUAUAUCCGUCUCCACUACAAAUACUGUAUCAUUUCAUUCCCCAUUUUAUGUAAGUGAAGAUGUUGUAAUUGUAUUAAAUAGGGAAUAAAUCACUGUUAAGUUAGAAGCCUAUAGUACUAAUCAGGUAGGAUUUUUAGAUUAGGAAAAAAGCUAAAAAUUGUGUAAGUGGUUCCAUUUGAUACUAUCGCUGUCAUAACCGCUGACUACUGCUUUUCUUAGUGAAGCCAGUAGAUUUCACUGCAGUCAAUGAUUUAAAGCGAGGCUGGGAGGCCAACUGAAAGGUAACUGAUAUCUUUGCUAAAGAGUUACGUGACCCCUUAUGUGACACAGCACUUAAUGUGCAUUUUGGUGUCAGGCUUGCCUGUGCAUUCAAGACCACUGAUUUCUUUUCACGUCAUAGCAAAUGUAUUUUCGUAAGGGAGGUGACAACUUGUGUAAUGUAUAAAACAGGUGAUAGUGGAAAAUGUUUUGCCUUACCUAUACUGACGUAGUUUGCCAUUAUUUUUGUUAUACCUUUACAGAUUUUUAAGGAGCGGGAGGAUGAUCUAAGGCGUCUAUCCCGGCCUUUAGACUGUGCCUGCUUUAGGACAUCUAUUUGGGAUGAGACAUUGUAUAAGGUAAUUUUAACUGGCUGAUUUUCAGUCAGAUAUAUAACAUUAAUAAGAGUUUUAAAAAAGUAGUCCCUUCAUAUAUAUCUGUUUCUUUGCAGGCUUGGUCCAGCAUAGUUUAUCAGCUCAUUCCAAAUGUGCAGCAGCUAGAAUCAAACCUGCGGAGCUUUGCUCAGAUCAUUGAGGCGGAUGAAGUGCUCUUGUUUGAAAGAGCAACAUUUCUGGUAAGAGUUGGUAACUUGACAGACUGGUCUUUUAAUGCAAAACUGUAUGGUUAAUAACAUUUUACUUGAAAGAGAAGAGAGAUAACGUUUUGCUUGUUUCUGUGUCUGUUAGGUUAUAUCCCAUUAUCAGUGCAGGGAACAGAGGGAUAUCCACAGAUUUGAAAAGAUCAGCAAUAUCAUUAAACAGUUCAAACUGAGCUGCAGGUAAGAGCUGUUGUUUGCAGAAUCUAGUAAAGGUUGUCUCCAUUUGCACUUUUAACACAUAUGUAUCUAUCUUUUUGCACAGUAAACUGGCUGCUUCAUUCCAGAGUAUGGAGGUUCGAAAUUCCAACUUUGCUGCAUUCAUAGACAUCUUCACAUCCAACACUUAUGUUAUGGUUGUGAUGUCUGAUCCUUCUAUCCGUGAGUCAAAUCCCAUUUUUGAUUUUGAAAUCUUUUUAUGUAAUAAUAAUUCAUUUGAUUUAAUAUAUAUAUAUAUUUUUUUUAUCUGUACUUUUUAUCUCUUUCCCAUCCGUUCUAUUGUUCACUGUAACACGCGUGCUUUAAUCCUCUUUUUCUUCCAACAGCUUCUGCUGCAACGCUCAUCAAUAUCCGCAAUGCCAGGAAACAUUUUGAGAAGCUGGAACGUGUGGAUGGUCCAAAACACAGCCUUCUGAUGCGCUGAUUCUUAAUCCGUGGCUGGCCACUCUUCUUGCUAAGCCACCUUAAUGGAACAGAACUUGUGUUAUUUCAACCUCAAUUCCAGCAUCGUCUUGUGAUGACUCUCCAUGCGGAGUUGAUCUCCACUACAUCUUUCAGUUUCCAUUCCUUGAACCUCCUUCAAAUCUCUUGUCAUAGCCUUGUUGUGGAUAUUUUCUACACAUAUCCCUUUCAGAUUUCUUCAGCAGAGACUUUCCACCCAGGCUGGACCUUAAUCUUGAGCACAGCACCUUAACACAGUGACAACUUACCCUUUUGUUACAUCUUCAUAACUAGUAUACUCCCAAAAUGAAGCUAUCUCUAUUCUUUGCUCCUGGUCCCCGAACUCUGUUAAAAUGAACACGCUGAUUUCACCAUCUCAAGACAUCAAGUUUAUUUUAGUCUUCGUCUUAUAUUCCCUACUCACAAUAUAUUGGGCAGUUAGUAAUCUUGUGUUUACGUUUGGGUUGAUUUGAAUCAUGCUGUGACUUCAAGCUCUUUUCCCUGAAUAGAAGACAUUACUGCUAAUAACAAUUCAAACACCAGACAUUCAGUGUAUUUUAUGCUUUGGAAUAAAGUAUUUAUGCUUAAAAAUAUA